CAUUUAUUUUUGUCUUGCGUUAAAACAAAAUUUGAAGUGGUAAUAGCUUUACCUUUCUCCUCCCUCCUACCUUCACUCUCAAAACGAUUUUAGGGUUUCUGCCCUAAAUUUAUUUUUCCGAUUUUUCCACGCAACUCAACAAUGGCCAAAAAGAAACAGAAAGACCCAAAACAAACCCCUCAAAACGACAACGUUUCAGCCCCUUCCAGCAUUUUCGACACACUUUUUGCCAACGCGCCGGAACAAAUCAUCCCCACCGCCGCCUCUCUAUUUUCCGAUGAAAACCCCUUUAAGAGAAAGGCUUCGCAACCAGCUUCCAUUUCCGACGUAUCCGAAAUAAGUGUCAGGAAGAAGAAGAAAGAGGAAAGCUCCGUGAUUGAUUCGAAUUCUGCAAUUGAAGUUUCAGAGAAGAAGAAAAAGAAGAAAAGUGGUUCAGAUGAAGGGAAAGAGAAAGAAAAAGAGCUUAAUUUGGAUGUAGAAACGAUUGGGAAGAAGAAGAAGAGGAAAAGGGAUGAGGUUGAGAAAGAGUGGGAGGAGAAGAAGUAUGGGAUUGUUGAGGGAGGGGAUAAAGAUGAAAAAGUUGGGAAUAAGAGAAAAUUGCGCGAUAAUCCGGCGGAUAUGUUGGUUUCAAAGGAAGGUUUUGAUGACGAAGAUAAGCUUUUGAGGACUAUUUUUGUUGGGAAUUUGCCUCUUAAGGUGAAAAAGAAGACUUUGUUGAAGGAGUUUAAGCAAUUUGGGGAGGUUGAAUCUGUUAGGAUUCGUUCUGUUCCUUUAAAAGAUACCAAAAAGCCUAGAAAGGGAGCUAUCCUUUCGAAGCAGAUCGAUGAAUCGGCUGAAAGUGUCAAUGGUUACGUUGUUUUCAAAACAGAGGAGUCUGCUCAGGCUUCUUUGGCUCACAACAUGACUGUGGUUGAAGGAAAUCACAUUCGUGUUGAUAGGGCAUGCCCACCCCGCAAGAAACUUAAAGGGGAUAAAUCUUCGCAUUAUGAUAAUAAGAGAACUGUUUUUGUGGGCAAUCUCCCGUUUGAUGUGAAGGAUGAAGAACUUUAUCAGCUAUUUAGUAGUAUACCCAAUCUAGAAUCAAGUGUAGAAGCUGUUAGAGUUGUCCGAGAUCCUCAUCUUAAUGUUGGAAAGGGAAUUGCGUAUGUGCUAUUUAAAACAAGGGAAGCUACCAUUUCCGUUGUUAAGAAACGGUCCUUGAAGCUGCGAGAUCGAGAAUUGAGACUCACUCAUGCCAAAGCAGAUGCUAGUGCUACGCCAUCUAAAAGGCCGUACUCUCCAGCGGCACGACUCAGCCAUGGCAAACCAGGUGCUACCCCAUCUAAAAGGCCAUACUCUCCAGCAGCACAAGCUCAUAGUACCCCUGCAAAGAGGUUUUCAGGGGAUUCAAGGUCUCCUUCAAGCAUUCAGAACAGGUCAAACAGCAAAGGUACUGCAUCUUAUCAGGGUCUGCGUGCAACCAAAACUGAUGUCCACAAGAAAAGUCACGGUGCAGAAAAACCAAAAGAGCGCACAAAGAAAAGACCAACAGUAGCUGCCAGAAAGGCUAAAGCAAACAUGCAGAAGGAGGGUGGUACACCAAAGGGUGCUACACCAAAACAAGCAGGGUUCAAACGCAAGUUUGAUAGUCGCACUCCUGAUAGCUCCCGACGAGUUAACAAAACCCAAAAGAAGAGGUAGCAUGUUUCUAAUGACAUCAGAAAUUCAAUUUUGUUUUCCUCUGGUUAGAAUUCGCUAGCUCUGAAGGCUGAUGAACCUAUGUAUGCACAUGGAGGGAAGAGUUUGACACUGACGUGUGCCAUCAUCGGUGUUCUCAGUUAAUCUCCCAUUGGAAUUUAAUUAAAGGUGUAACUGUGAACAGUAAAAAAAGCAGUAGACACAGGGUGACAGAAAUUAACUCUUAUAUUUUUAAAUUCUUUUUACAUUAUCGUCCAAAAAAUUGUGUAAGUUUUAUUAUAGAACUUUGAUAAGCUUUGUUGUGGCACUUCUGUCUUUUGGAAAUUGUAAUGGUCCAUCAUUUUUGCACCUAAACUUGUUUAUCAGAGAGUUUUAGUGAAGCUGCUGUUGCCCAUCAUUUGAUACUUGAUAAUAUGAACUCUGUUAUCUGUUGUAUCAUGAAA